AUGGUCAAAGCUGUCGCAGUCCUCCGCGGCGACUCCAAAGUCACCGGCCAAGUGACCUUUGAGCAGUCCUCUGAAUCGGGUCCCACCACCAUCACCUACGACCUACAGGGCCAUGAUCCCAACGCGGAGCGCGGGUUCCAUAUCCACCAGUUUGGGGACAAUACCAAUGGGUGUACUAGUGCUGGACCGCAUUUCAACCCCUUCGGCAAACCCCACGGCUCCCCCUCCGACAGCGAGCGCCACGUCGGCGACCUCGGCAACAUCAAGACCGACGGCCAGGGCAACGCCAAGGGCACCAUUACCGACGAGCAUGUCAAGUUGAUUGGCGAGCAUAGCGUUUUGGGCCGCACAGUCGUAACUCACGCCGGCACCGACGAUCUCGGCAAGGGCGGCAACGACGAGUCCAAGAAGACGGGCAAUGCGGGUCCGCGUCCUGCUUGUGGCGUUAUCGGCAUCGCCAACUAA